AUGAUAGUAGGUGACCUGAAUUUUGUAUUACACAAUAGUGAAAAAGAAGGUGGAAAUGAUAUGAACUCUAGUGCUAUUACUGUCAUACAGAAUGUCAUUCAACAAAUAGGAUUCAUAGAUUUAAAGUUUACGGGUGAUCUGUUUACUUGGUCUAAUCAGAGGGAAGGGGCAGAUAACAUUAGAGAAAGGAUUGAUAGAAGUCUGGUAAAUGUGAUUUGGUUUCAAUGCUUUCCUGAUGCAUUAGUUCACCAUUUAACUAGAAUGGAUUCGGAUCAUAAUCAUUUACUGAUUGUUUUUGACCCUUGUAAAGUUAAAAAAAAGAGACCCUAUAGGUUUUUUAGAGGUUGGAAUGAGCAUAAGGAUUAUAAUAUGUUUAUAGAGAAUGCUUGGAAAAUGCUUAAAAUGAGGAUUGAUGCUGAUUUGCAUGAUUUGCUAGUUGGUCUGUCAAAUGAUUUUAAGGACUGA